AUGGUGACCCCAGACGCCACCAGAACGGCCGACGAGAUGCUGUUUGGCUCGGGUGCAGGUGACGGCACCCAUGUCCGGUGGUCUAAGUACCGCUUUUACUUUGUCAACAAGUGUAGCCAUCCGCUCAACGUGUUUCAAAAGUACCGCGACGACGCACCGAAGUGGGCGUUUUGCCAAGUGCCAGUCGAGUCUUACGGGUGCCCGAACAACCGAGACGGCGCCUACUUGCACACGUUGGACGGAGGCCAAGACCAAGCUACAUGCACGAAUAUGUUUGAGAUCGCGGUGAAUUCGACCACGGGCACGCAUUACGACAUUAGCAUCAUUCCGCCGGGGGUACUGCACGUACAAAUCGCAAAGUUUGGCCAAUUGCAAAAACGAAACGGGCAAAGUGGGGUUCAAUUUGCCCAGCCACUGCACUCGAUUUGCACACCGUUGAAAUGUCUUGCCGACGGAUGUCAAGAUGCGUACCAAUACCCCGAAGACAAUACGAAAGACCACGGAUGCCGAGACCCCGACGCCAUCUACCAAGUUACUUUUUGUCCUUCGUCAACAUGA